AUGAGUGCGUCAGCGGCGAGGGUGGCUCAUGUCAACCUCAUGACAGAUACAGUCAUCGCCAACCUCAAUACAGAUACUCUACGAGUAAUUCUUCGCUCGAUGCUCGUAGCAGAUGAACAAGUUGCAGCACCAACCACGUGCAGCAAUAUCUCCGACACGAUCUACAAAGAACGUCCGUUCCGGUAUUGUUUCCGCUUACCGACAAAUCUACACCAACUGCAUCAGCCUCAUCUUCUUCACCUUCUUCUUCAACACAGCCUCCUCCAGUCCCGACGCCGGAAUUGGCGAAACUACGAGCUACUCGCCGAGGUGGUCCGGCAAUCCCGCGCACUUCAACUGAAUGGCAGGACGUUUGAAGGCGAGCGACUGGCGGAGGUACUCGUGGCCGUAGACGGCGAUUUGGUCCAGGCGCUUACAGCAGUGCAGAAGGUUGUGACAGCCAACAAUUGGGGGAAAACUGGAGAAAUUCCGGCUGCACGGCUGCAGAUUUUACUUAGCCUUCGGACGGACCUUAAGGAAUGCAGAGAACGGAAUGAGGGAUUGGGAGUGGAAUUCGGAUUCGGAAGAGGCUCGAUGAUGCUGGAGAAUAUUCUCUCGACGAUGUCGGAAUGA